AUGUCUGUACCUCCUCAGAGUCAGAGACCAUACACGGCUUCGGAAUCCUCUCUCAACAAGACUGCCCCGAUUAUCUCUACCGCCAUGGGAGGAUCUGUUCCUCCUGACGACCCUUCACGGGAUCAAGACAUGAUCCCCGCCGAGAAUCAGCUUCGAUGGCCGCGUGUCCGAUCCAUCUGGCAAGAUGCCUUUUCCGAGUUUUUCGGAACCAUGGUGCUUAUUCUUUUUGGAGACGGUGUUGUUGCCCAGGUUGUGCUCAGCAACAACAAAAAGGGCGACUAUCAGAGUAUUUCAUGGGGAUGGGGUAUCGGCGUCAUGUUUGGCGUCUACGUUGGCGGCAAAUCUGGCGGUCACAUCAACCCGGCCGUCACAUUGGCAAACUGCGUCUACCGCGGCCAUCCUUGGCGGAAAUUCCCCGUCUAUCUCCUGGCCCAACUGCUUGGCGCCAUGGCGGGUGCUGCGAUCGUCUACGGCAACUACAAGUCUGCUAUUGAUGCGUUUGAGGGCGGUCCAGGCAUCAGAACUGUUAGCGGCCCCCACGCCACGGCCGGCGUCUUUUGCACGUACCCUGCAGAGUUCAUGACGCGAACCGGCAUGUUCUUUUCCGAGUUCCUCGCCAGCACCAUUCUUCAGUUUGUCAUCUUUGCCUUGGCCGACAGCUCAAACAUGGGCGCUGGUCCCUUGAUGCCUCUGUGCCUCUUCUUCCUCAUCUUUGGCAUCGGUGCCUGCUUCGGUUGGGAAACUGGCUAUGCUAUUAACCUGGCUCGUGACUUUGGGCCUCGCCUGGUCUCGUACAUGAUUGGCUAUGGCCAUGAGGUGUUUUCCUUUGGAGGAUAUUAUUUUUGGAUCCCCAUGGUCGCCCCCUUCUUCGGCUGUCUGGCUGGUGGCGGUCUCUAUGACCUCUUUAUCUAUUCUGGAGAAUCACCCAUCAACUCCCCUUACCUGGGGUUCAACCGACUCCUCAAGCCCCGACGCAGCGUAUGGUCCAACACGUACAAUUCCCGUGACUCGAGCGUGUGA